GGCGGCAAGUGGCGGCGGCGCCGAAGCGCCCCAGCGCCGGAGUCGCGGAGGCCGGCGAGCGCCCAGGACAGGGAUGCUCUCGGGGCCGGUGGCCAUGGAGCUGAAAGUCUGGGUGGACGGCGUCCAGAGGGUGGUCUGUGGGGUCUCAGAGCAGACCACCUGCCAGGAAGUGGUCAUCGCACUAGCCCAGGCAAUAGGCCAGACGGGCCGCUUCGUGCUGGUCCAGCGACUCAGGGAGAAGGAGCGGCAGCUGCUGCCACAGGAGUGUCCAGUGGGCGCGCAGGCCACCUGUGGACAGUUUGCCAACGACGUGCAGUUUGUGUUAAGGCGGACAGGGCCCAGCCUGGCUGGGAGGCCCUCCUCAGACAGCUGUCCACCCCCAGAGCGAUGUUCAGUCCGUGCCAGCCUUCCCCCAAAGCCACGGGGGGCGCCCGGCUGUGAGCCCCGGAGAGCGCUGACCCUCAGCCCGCAGGGCCCCAGGCCGUCCCUCGGCCCCGCGGCCCCCACGCCAGAGUGCGGCACGGACCUGCAGGGCCUGGAGCUCAGGGUGCAGAGGAACGCCGAGGAGCUCGGCCAUAAGGCCUUCUGGGAACAGGAGCUGCGGCGGGAGCAGGCCCGGGAGCGGGAGGGCCAGGCCCGCCUGCAGGCCCUGAGUGCGGCCACCGCGGAGCACGCUGCCCGGCUGCAGGCUCUGGAUGCCCAGGCCCGCGCUCUGGAGGCCGAGCUGCAGCUGGUGGCAGAGGCCCCCGGGCCCCCCUCAGCCGCGGCAUCGGCCGCCGAGCGCCUGCGCCAGGACCUGGCGGCUCAGGAGCGGCACAGCGUGGAGGUGCAGGGCAGCUUGGCCCUGGUGCACCGGGCCCUGGAGGCCGCCGAGCACGCCCUGCAGGCCCAGGCCCAGGAGCUUGAGGAGCUGAACCGGGAGCUCCGGCAGUGCAACCUGCAGCAGUUCAUCCAGCAGACGGGGGCCGCGCUGCCACCCCCCCCGCGGCCAGAGGGGACCCCCCUCGGCACACAGGACCUUCCACCUCCAGCCACAGAGGAGUCCCUCCUGGGAGUCCCCCGGAGUCCUCUUCUGGUCCCCAGCCUGAGCCCUGAGGUGACCCCCCUGAGGCAGAACUCCUGGAGGUAGCAGGAGUGGCAUCUGCAGGCCACCCAGCCCCCGGCUCCGACGGUGGACGAGCAGACGAGCCACAGCUGCCUGGACCCGGCAGCAGGAGCGUGGGCACCCUCGGGUGGGGGUGCCGAGGAGGACCACCCUAACCCUUGCCAGGAGCAUGGGACACGGCCAGAACUCACGUGUGCGCGUGAGUACGUGGCGAGGAUGGCGUGUGCCACCCCCAGACUCCAACUUGAGAACCUCAAUAAACGGCCCGAGUGGCUUCACUGUG